AUGGCUGCCGCAGACGUCCGUUUCAAGCUCAACACUGGGGCUGAGAUCCCUGCCCUUGGUCUAGGAACCUGGCAAUCCGCCCCCGGCGAGGUCGCCAAUGCUGUCUAUCACGCUAUUCAGGCUGGUUACCGUCACAUUGACGGUGCUUUCUGCUACGGUAACGAGAACGAGGUUGGCCAAGGCAUCAAGAAGGCCAUUGACGCCGGAAUUGUCAAGCGCGAGGAUCUCUUCGUCACCACCAAGCUGUGGUGCUCUUACCAUGAACGCGUUGAGGAGGGUCUCGAGACCAGCUUGAAGAACCUGGGUCUCGAAUAUGUUGACCUCUACCUGAUGCACUGGCCCCUGGCCAUGAACUCCAAGGGUAACCACAAUGUUUUCCCCAAGCUGGCAGAUGGCAGCCGAGACAUUGUUCACAGCCACAGCCAUGUCACUACCUGGAAGGAUAUGGAGAAGCUGAGCAAGGCCAAGGCCAAGGCCAUCGGUGUCUCCAACUACAGCGUUCAGUAUCUCGAGGAGCUUUUGCCUCAAGCAACCACCGUCCCUGCCGCCAACCAGAUCGAGAACCACCCCUCUCUGCCCCAGCAGGAGAUCGUUGACUUCUGCAAGCAGAAGGGCAUUCACGUUACUGCCUAUAGUCCUCUUGGUAGCACUGGCAGCCCCCUCUUCACUGCUGCGCCCAUCGUCGAAGUGGCCAACAAGCGCGGCGUCACCCCUGCUACAGUUCUGCUGAGCUGGCACAUCGCUCGUGGCUCUUCCGUCCUCGCCAAGUCCGUCACCCCCGCUCGCAUCGAGGCCAACCGCAAGGAUCUGAUCCACCUGGACGCCGAUGAUCUGGCCACCAUCAAGAAGUACUCCGAUGACUUGACUGCCAACAAGAAGCUCCAACGCUUCGUCUUCCCUCCCUUCGGCAAGAACUUCGGUUUUCCCGAUAAGCUCUGA